UGAACAUGUUUCUUGUGCAACAGGCUAAGUGUGGUGUAAGUUUGAUGGACUGGCAUCCUGUCUGUAUCGACAUGAAACCUGCGAUCAAAACGUCUUUUCUUGGAGAUCCAAGGUCUGGAUCGAAUAAGGAGGGUGUUGAAACUUUGGUGCUCAGCAAAAUGGAGGAAUCAGGUGUGCUCUUUUGCCAACAGCUGAAAUAUAGAGUAAAAAGUAUUCAGGUGCCAGAUGAAAGUCCUUUGGAUAUUAAAACAGAAGCUGAACCUUUCAUCUCCCAACAUUUAAACUGCAGUAAAACUUCUGUUAAAAAAUACAUCUGUAAGCUGUGUGGCAUGGAGUAUCGCCAGAACAUAAGCCUGGUGCGUCACAUGCGAAUACACACAAGUGAGGCACCACAUGUAUGUGAACUCUGUGGAAGGGGUUUCCGUCGUAAAGACUGGCUUCAGCUGCACAGCAGUGUUCACACGGGUAACAAACGAAAGCCUACGAAGAGCUUCAGUUGCGACGAGUGUGGGAAGAAGUUUACUGGCUUCACUGCACUGCAGAGUCAUCUGUACAAACACAGAGGAGAGAGGCCGUUCGCCUGUGUGCACUGCGAUAAGACCUUCUACAGUCAGACCAAUCUUAAACGGCAUCAGGUCGAUUCUCAUUCGGACAACAAAGCGUUCUGCUGCCCUGUGUGUGGAAGCAGAUUCUCACGCCUUUUUUCGCUGCAGAAACACACACGGACUCACACAAGAGAGAGGCCUUUCUCCUGUCCAGACUGUGGAAAGACUUUCAGUCAUAAAUACUCCAUGAAUAUGCAUCGUAAACGGCACUCAGCUAAAAGUUGAUGUAAUGCACAUUCAUGCAUGUCACACGAAUUUCUGAUUUAUUCUGUUUGUUUUUAUUUGUUUGAGCCAUGUUCCUUUUAUUGAGGAUUUUUCUUCUGAAUCUUAUCAUACCUGUUUAGUGCCAAAAUAAAGAACCUUUU